UUAUGGUGGAGGAAGGUGGCCCCUGGACAAUCCUGGAGACAGAAGCGCUGUGUUUCUAGAGCAGAUUGCCUUGGUACUGCGCCCCUCCAUCCUGCUGCAAUGAGUGGGAAGUCCCUGCUCUUAAAAGUCAUUCUUCUUGGGGAUGGUGGAGUUGGGAAGAGUUCCCUCAUGAACCGGUAUGUCACCAACAAGUUUGACUCGCAGGCUUUCCACACGAUUGGUGUGGAGUUCUUAAACCGGGACCUGGAGGUGGAUGGACGUUUUGUGACCCUCCAGAUUUGGGACACUGCGGGACAGGAGAGAUUCAAGAGCCUGCGAACUCCCUUUUACAGGGGAGCAGACUGCUGCCUGCUGACCUUCAGUGUGGAUGACCGGCAGAGCUUUGAGAACCUCAGUAACUGGCAGAAGGAGUUUGUCUAUUAUGCCGACGUGAAGGACCCUGAACACUUCCCGUUUGUAGUCCUGGGGAACAAGAUAGACAAACUCGAGAGACAAGUGAGCACAGAGGAGGCCCAGGCCUGGUGCAUGGAAAACGGUAACUAUCCAUACCUGGAGACUAGUGCCAAGGAUGACACCAAUGUGGCAGUGGCCUUUGAGGAGGCUGUGCGACAGGUGCUGGCGGUGGAGGAGCAGCUAGAGCACUGCAUGCUGGGCCACAGCAUUGACCUGCACUCCAGCUCCAAAUCAGGGUCUUCCUGUUGUUGAGAGAGUGGCUGCUGCUUUGGGAAUGUCGCUCGAGCUGGCAGAUGGAUCAGAAUAAGGGCGGGCAGCUCUGGGGCACUCUGAGGAGAGUGGCCACAAGGACAAUAGGUGGUUUGCUCGCUGGGAAGUUGCAGCCUCACAUUCUGCAUUCUGGCUGGAGUUUUCAGGCACAGAGCAUGUAUCUGCAGGAGCGAGCUUUUAAAAGAGCAUGCGAGUGUAGUCCUGCUUCCACCUCUGCCUGUUUUAGCAGGUUUAAAGGACUGGGUUAGAGUCCUUUAAAUUCACUAAAGACAAUAGUGGUCUGAUCUGUACCAAGAACUGCCUGCAGAACAAAGCUGAGAGCGCUCUAGACACUCUUUGAAGUAUUU